CUCUCUCUCUCUUUCUCUUUCUCUCACACAUACAUACAUACAAAACCUAGUUAGUGAGAAAUUAACUUAAGAAAGAAAAAGGAAAUGAGCUGCAACGGGUGCCGUGUGCUAAGGAAAGGAUGCGGCGAGAAUUGCGCUCUCCGGCCAUGCUUAGAAUGGAUGGAUAGUCCCGAUUCACAAUCUCACGCCACCGUCUUCCUCGCCAAGUUCUUUGGCCGUGCCGGUCUCAUCUCCUUCAUCUCCUCCGUUCCCCAAUCUCAAAGACCCGACGUGUUCAAAUCGUUACUCUUUGAAGCAUGUGGUCGAACAAUCAAUCCCGUCCACGGAGCAGUUGGUCUCUUAAGAACAGGUAACUGGCACCUAUGUCAGACGGCGGUGCAAACAGUUAUCCGCGGCGGAAACCUCAAUCCCAUGCCGGAAUUUCUCGAUGGACCGCCGCCCAACCAAGAACUAGACGACAUAGAUCCUCGUCCACCCGUUCGGCCCCGGAUUUCCAGGUCUACUCGAACAGUCACGCCUGAACUUAUUUUGGAUAUGGGAUUGGGUUCACUAUCAUCUCCGCCGGCAUCUUCAGAGAGGAUCAGAUGGCUGAGAACUUCACCGUCAAUGAAUUCUCAAGAAUCUGGUACGACGACUUGUCAUGAAAUCGGUGGUUUGAUUGAUCAACCAAUUGAGGGAGAAGAUCCGAGGUUACUAAAUUUGUUUAAUUAGUUAUGACCAUGUAUUGUUAUAAUUUAUAAAUGGGUAGUUUUGUUUUGUGGGUUUUCUUUGUCUUACCGGAGAUGGAGAUUUCCGGCGUGUUUUUUUUUUAGCAGUCACCGGAGCUAGAUUUCCCUGUUUAUUUAAGGGGGAGAGAUGAAUGUUUCCUUAGAUGACUGUCUUUUUGUUUUUAUUUUUAUGUGUUUCAUGUUCUACUAAUAAUUUGUCUAUU